GUCUCUCAGUCUCUCAGUCUCUCAGUCUCUUUUUUUGUUUUUUGUUUUUCCCCCUCUCUUCUUCUUUCUCCUUCCCUCCUCCAAGUCCUCCAAAAACUUUCCUUUGUUGAAACGCGUUCUGAAUCUCUACCAACCACACAAAUGGUCAAAUCGAAGGGAAAGCGACCUGCCGGGGCUGUCCAUGUGGGAUCAGCGUCCAAUCCUGCUGCUGCUGCUGCUGCCGCUGCGAGGAGUGCCGCGUCCAGCAACCCGCGCCCGUCGUCUGGCGUCGGCAGGCACCAACAGGCCGCCGCUGCUGCUGGCGGUGCGACGGGCGAGCGCGCUCGGGCGAGUGCUGCAGCCAACUCGACGGAAGCCAUCCUCAACCGCGUGGAGAUGCUCAUGGACGGACUCGACUUUGCAACCGCAGCGCAGACGUGCAUGCGCGUGCUGCAGCGCGAUCCAGACAACCUGCGCGCCAUCGAGGCAAUGGGCGUCAUCCACCUCGAGCUGGGCAACCCGGAGCCCGCGUUCGAGUGCUUCAAGCGCGCGUGCGCUCUCGAGCCAACCUCGGGCGCUGACAAGUUCAUGUAUCUCGGGCAGAUGCAGUCUGGCAAGGAGGCCGCAGCGUCGUUCGAGACUGGCACCGUGCUGCUCAAGCAGGAGCGCGAGCAAGCCAUCCAGAUGGGCGAGGACCCGGCCGAGUUUACGCGUCGCAUCUCCACUGCGCUGGCCUCGACGGCUGAGCUCUACCUGACGGAUCUUUGCCACGAAGACAACGCAGAAGAGCUCUGCGGAACUCUGUUGGAGGCCGCAAUUGCAGAGGAUCCGACCAAUGCCGAGGCCAUUCAAACGUUUGCCAGCUACCAAAUCAGCAAACAAAACCCCGAGCGCGCAUUGGCUCUUCUCCGCGACAGUUUGGCACUGUGGCAUCGCCGACGCGCUGGAUACGACACAUACCGCAUCAAUCCAAACGAAGACUUGGAGGACGAUAUGGACCCGGAGGUCGCUGAUUUGCGACAGGUAGUCGACCCGAUGCUAGACGGCGAGGAUGUUAUGGAUGACCAGGACUUGCCGCCGUAUGAUUUCCGAAUCAACACGGCCAAGUUGCUCAUCGAGCUAGAGCAGUACGAGGACGCAUCCUAUGUCCUCGGCCAAUUGAUGCGCGAAGACGACGAAGUUGUGCAAGUGUGGUACAUGUUUGGCUGGCUCUACUUUAUUACUUCGGAUUAUGCUGCGGCCUUCGAGUGCCUUGACACGGCACAGCGAAUGCACGCCCAGACCCAAUGCGACGACGAGCCUAUGCUUGUGCAUAUCCAAGAGCUACUCGGCGAAAUUAACAACAAUAACUUGAUAGCUCGAUUCAGUGCCGAGAAUGGCCAGAGUGGCGAGAAUGAUGACGGCAGCAUGGCACAAUGAUUUUUUGCUGCCCCUCUUUCUCAUCGGUUCUUUUAUGUUAAUCAUUUUUUUUGGGAACAAUACAUGUGUGGUACUUUGAAGAA